AUGGCGGCCAGCUUCUUUGUUGCUAAAUCCUUGUCUGGUGUGAGUAAUUUGGAGGAUGCCACCUGCCUGGAGAUGCUAGUAAACACUGAUGAACAGAGCCUGGGGAAUUUUGGUGCAAUGCUACCAAAUCUUGUUCAACUUAAAUUAUCAAACAGUGUAAUAUCCACAGUCAGUGGUGCAUUCUUUACGUUUCUGUUGGAAAUGGCAGGCUAUGAAUACCGUAAAUCCAUCCAUCAAGCGGUACCAAGGUUGAAGAUACUGGAUGACGAACCGUUCUUAGUGGAGAAGGUUGGUGGGAAGGACGUUUUGAGAGACAUGCCAGAAUCUGCUAAGAGUGCAAGGGUACCUAAUCACUUAAAGGAGGAAUGGCAGCUGAUUAGUAAUGCUCUCAAAACAGUAGAGAAUGAGCAGGAGGAAACAGAACCAUCCAAACCAGUAGCAGCAGCAAGGCCAGCAUCAGCCAGGAAAAAUACCAGACCCAAAACAGCCAUGUCCAGGCAGAGACCAUCAUCAGCCAUGAGGCAACGUCCAGGAAGCUCUAUUGGUCAGCGUCCAGGUUCAUCUUUAGGUUCUUCUGGUAAUAGUUUUGAGCUGUCUGGUAUAUUUCAGGGUGAUGACAGCAGCGAUCUUACCCAUGGUUCUGGUGAGGUAAUCUGUGGAAAUAUCUCAAAAGCCCUUAAGGCAAGAAGAAAGAAUAUCAAAGCUUUUAAUUCAGUUAUCCCUCCUUUUACCACCAACUCACCAAUUCAUACUCCUGAAAAAAGCUAUGAAGAAGAAAACAACAAACAAUUCCCUUCAAAACACGAUGUCUUCACGGAGCUGAGGGAAUGGAGGCAACAGUUUGCAAAGUGAG